CGUCAAGGGCGCGUCGAGGGUGGGGAGCGUCCUCGAGCCGGAAGGGAAUGUGGCGCGCUGCGGCGGAGGUAGCCCGGGUGGUGAGCUCACCCCCCGGCCCCGAGCGGCCGUGGGGUAGUAACAGAGCCGCCGCAGUCGCUUCUGUACCGCUUAUCGUCUCCCAGGUUUUCUGCCAGUUGUUUUACGUUGUAAGCUUAAUUUAUAAACCGCCCCGGGAGGAGCAGCAGCCGAGCUGGACAGAUGACCUGCCGCUCUGCCACCUCUCCGGGGUCGGUUCGGCCCCCAACCGCAGCUACUCUGCUGAUGGCAAAGGCACUGAGAGCCACCCACCGGAGGACAGCUGGCUCAAGUUCAGGAGUGAGAACAACUGCUUCCUGUACGGGGUCUUCAAUGGCUAUGACGGCAACCGAGUAACCAGCUUCGUGGCCCAGCGGUUGUCCGCCGAGCUCCUGCUGGGCCAGCUCAGUGCUGAGCACACCGAGGCGGAUGUGCGGCGCGUGCUGCUGCAGGCCUUCGAUGUGGUGGAGAGGAGCUUCCUGGAGUCCAUCGAUGAUGCGUUGGCUGAGAAGGCAAGCCUCCAGUCCCAGCUGCCAGAGGGUGUCCCUCAGCACCAGCUGCCUCCUCAGUAUCAGAAGAUCCUCGAAAGACUCAAGGUGCUGGAGAGGGAGAUUUCGGGAGGAGCCAUGGCUGUUGUGGCGGUCCUUCUCAACAGCAAGCUCUACGUUGCCAAUGUCGGUACAAAUCGUGCCCUUUUAUGCAAAUCCACGGUGGAUGGGCUGCAGGUGACACAGCUGAACGUGGACCACACCACGGAGAACGAGGACGAGCUCUUCCGCCUCUCCCAGCUGGGUUUGGAUGCAGGAAAGAUCAAGCAAGUGGGGGUCAUCUGUGGGCAGGAGAGCACCAGGCGCAUCGGGGAUUACAAGGUCAAAUAUGGCUACACGGACAUCGACCUACUCAGCGCUGCCAAGUCCAAGCCGAUUAUCGCGGAGCCCGAAAUCCACGGUGCGCAGCCCCUGGACGGGGUGACUGGCUUCCUGGUGCUGAUGUCGGAGGGGCUCUACAAGGCUCUGGAGGCCGCCCACGGGCCUGGGCAGGCCAACCAGGAGAUCGCCGCCAUGAUCGACACGGAGUUCGCCAAGCAGACGUCGCUGGAUGCCGUGGCCCAGGCCGUGGUGGACCGAGUGAAGCGCAUCCACGGGGACACCUUCGCCAGUGGCGGCGAGCGUGCCAAGUUCUGCCCGAGGCACGAGGACAUGACCCUGCUGGUGAGGAACUUUGGCUACCCGCUGGGUGAGAUGAGCCAGCCCGCACCGUCCCCGGCCCCAGCUGCAGGAGGACGCGUGUACCCCGUCUCCGUGCCGUACUCCAGCGCCCAGAGCACCAGCAAGACCAGCGUGACCCUCUCCCUUGUCAUGCCCUCCCAGGGCCAGCUGGUCAAUGGGGCCCACAGCGCUUCCACCCUGGACGAAGCCACUCCCACCCUUACCAACCAGAGCCCGACCCUGACGCUGCAGUCCACCACCACGCACACGCAGAGCAGCAGCUCCAGCUCGGACGGGGGCCUCUUCCGCUCCCGGCCCGCCCACUCUCUCCCGCCUGGCGAGGAUGGCCGCGUCGAACCUUACGUGGACUUUGCUGAGUUUUACCGCCUCUGGAGCGUGGACCAUGGCGAGCAGAGUGUGAUGACGGCACCAUAGCCCCAGCUGAGGGAUGUGGCCGGAGCAGGACCUUGCCUGGGGACAAGGGGGCCCAGUUCUGGGGCCGGAUGGGCCUUUUCCUGCCAUCUGCCUAUGCCGUGGGUGCCAGGGAGCACCCCGUCUUCAGCCUGCCCCGCACUCGCACCCUGCCAUACUCGUGCUGCAGAGAACAUUCGGUGAGCACCCCUGCAGAGCGGACCUUGUCCGGCACGGCAGGGGCUGGAGGCCACUCCCUCAGGCAGACUCAGCCAGGACCGUUGCUGUUUCUCGAACAGAUGGCUCAGGGCAGAAGCUGUGCUGGCCGCGAGCCUGCACGUGGGGCAGAGCGCGAGGAGUUCUGCGGCCCAGCAUGCCAUGGGUCCGGCCGCCGCCACUUUCUCUCCCCUUGCAGCCCUGGGCAGGGGUUCCCCCCUCCCUUCUUCAGCCGCUGGAGUGGAGCCCCGGGUGGCGUCUGCACCUUCAAAGCCUGCACCCGUCCCUCAGCCUCCCUGGAUUGUUUCCAGUGGUCAAUGCUCGGGAAGACGAAGGGAAGCGUCGGGAGCCUGGGUGGCUACACAGGGGCAGGUCAAGUGGAAAGGAAGGAGAGGGGAUCGGUCCUAGAGGAGCCCUGGUCCUGGAGCCCACCGGAGGGGGUAGGCUGGGCGUGGCUGGGCUUCCCCAGAUAUGGGGGUGCAGGAGAGGUGAGGACAUGCCCGGACCAGGCCGGGAGAGUGGCUGCCCUAGUCAGGCUCCUCCAGGAUCGGGGAGGCCCGGAUGGAGGGGGGAGCCGCAUCUGCUUUGUUUUCCCUUCGCCACCACUGAGGAAGGCCGCCGGCUGGGGAGCCGCUAAAGUUAGCCAGCUUUACUGCUGACAGUGAGGCUCUCCCGGCUUUAAGGAAAAAACAGGUCAAGAGUCAGGCUGGGGGUGGGGAGGCACAUUUGAAAGAACAGUGGGAAAGAGGGUCUUGGAUACCAGGUGCCCUGGGUGAAGGGGGCUUUAGGGGCACGCCCCACCUUUACAGACACUUAGGAAUGGGGUCAGAUGGGCCCGGCCACGAGAUCGCACGUUCUCGUGGGCAGAGGCUGGCGGUGCCGCUCCUGCUGGCAGAAGAGCAGGCGGGCCCAGGGGACUCGCAGCUUGUUGCUGCUGCGGUCAGUGGCGGAGCCACAGCCAGAACUUUUGAUCAGCCUCUGGGGCUGCCCUGGAGCCCUCCACCCCUCCCCCGCUCCCAGGCUCCUGCCCUGCGCAGCCCCAGACACAGCUUUUACCGGGGACUGGCUGCCGUGUGCGGCCUCCAGGUGCCUGGACUCUGGACCGUCCAAGGCCGGUUCCGAGGCUGGGUCACUGCAGUGCAGGAAUGCGUCUCCCUGUGGCCGGGUGUGGUGCGGGUGGGGGCAGGGGGCAGUUUCUGAGGAGAACCAGAGCCUCUGGGCCAUGGGCCCCGACCGACCGCCCUCCCCUGCAACGCCAUCUCUGGUCCGCAGGUGAGCAGAUUUAAGGUCAGCCACAAGGACUUGCGAACAAAGAGAAUUCUCUUCCAAGAAUGUCUCUGUGAUGCUGUUUGGUCUCUAGAAAUAGAAUCACUUUUUUACCACAAUAAAGAAAGAGUAAUAAUAGGUGGUCUUACA